GGGAAACACACGUUGGUCCACUGUCCGUCACUCCUUCACGACCAGAACACUAGAAGGUCCCGAUUGUAACACCCGCUGCUCAUCUGAAAUCACCAGACGUCAUGGCGGAGCGGGUGUUGGUGAUCGGCAGCGGUGGACGGGAACACGCUCUCGCGUGGAAGUUAUCGCAGUCGCCGCAUGUUCAGCAGGUGCUCGUGGCUCCGGGUAACGCAGGAACCGCCAACAGCGGGAAGAUCAUCAACUCCGAGGUGUCCGUGAACAAUCACACGAUUUUAGCUCAGUAUUGUAAGGAUCAUAACGUGGGGCUCGUGGUUGUUGGUCCAGAAGUUCCUCUGGCUGCUGGUAUCGUGGAUGACCUGACGGCCGCCGGCGUGUCGUGUUUCGGUCCGUCUGCGAAGGCGGCGCAGCUGGAGGCCAGCAAGAGUUUCUCCAAAUCCUUCAUGGAGCGUCACAACAUUCCCACGGCGCGCUGGAGCUCCUUCACCGACCCGCAGGACGCCUGCAGAUACAUCCGAGGCGCCGAGUUUCCCGCUCUGGUGGUGAAGGCCAGCGGUUUGGCUGCCGGGAAGGGAGUCGUAGUCGCUCGGGAUAAAGACGAGGCGUGUCAGGCGGUUGUGGACAUCAUGAAGGACAAGGCGUUUGGCUCUGCGGGUGAGACUGUGGUGGUCGAGGAGCUCCUGGAAGGAGAGGAAGUCUCUUGUUUGUGUUUUAGUGACGGAGUAACAGUGUCGCCGAUGCCACCGGCUCAAGAUCACAAGCGUCUGCUGGAUGGAGACCAGGGGCCAAACACGGGCGGGAUGGGCGCGUACUGCCCCACACCACAGGUGUCAGAGGAAGUGCUGCAGGAAAUCAAGAAAUCGGUUCUGCAGAAGACGGUGGACGGCAUGAGAGAAGAGGGAGCGCCGUACGUGGGUGUUUUAUACGCAGGGCUGAUGUUGACUAAAGAGGGGCCGAAGGUCCUGGAGUUCAACUGCCGCUUUGGGGACCCCGAAUGUCAGGUCCUGAUGCCGUUGCUGAAGUCUGAUUUGUAUGAGGUGCUGAAGAAGACGCUGCAGGCGGAGCUGAGCUCCAGUUCGGUGCAGUGGCUGCAGGACAGUGCGGCCGUCACUGUGGUCAUGGCCAGCGGAGGAUAUCCGGCCUCAUAUAAGAAGGGUCUGGAAAUCACGGGUUUGUCUCAGGUGUCAGAGAUGGGCAUUCAGGUGUUUCACGCAGGCACUGCGCUGAAGGAAGGGGGCGGAGUUAUCACGAACGGUGGGCGUGUCUUGACGGUGACUGCGGUCCGGCCCACUCUGGAGAGCGCGUUACACAGCGCUAAUGAAGGAGUGGCGGCCAUCAGCUUCCCUGAUGCCGUUUACCGCCGCGACAUCGGCCACCGCGCCAUCGCUUACCUCACCCGCAGCAGAGGACUGACGUAUAAGGACAGCGGUGUGGACAUCGCAGCGGGGAACAGACUGGUGGAUCUGAUCAAACCUCUGGCUAAAGCCACGGCUCGUCCAGGCUGUAACGCGGAGCUCGGCGGGUUCGCGGGACUCUUCGAUCUGAAAGCUGCGGGAUUCACCGAUCCCAUCCUGGUGUCCGGGACGGACGGAGUGGGAACCAAACUGAAGGUGGCUCAGGCGUGCGGCGUCCACGGCUCUCUGGGUCAGGAUCUGGUGGCCAUGUGCGUGAACGACGUCCUCGCUCAGGGAGCCGAACCGCUCUUCUUCCUCGACUAUUUCUCCUGCGGCCGUCUGGACGUCGGAGUCGCGUCUGCUGUGAUCGGGGGCGUCGCGGACGCCUGUCAGAUGGCUGGAUGUGCUCUGUUAGGCGGUGAGACGGCGGAGAUGCCGGGCGUUUACGGCCCCGGUGAGUACGAUCUGGCGGGUUUCUGCGUGGGGGCCGUGGAGCGAGGGGCCGUCCUGCCCAGACUCAAGGACAUCAUGGAGGGCGAUCUGCUGAUCGGCGUGGCCUCGUCUGGCGUUCACAGCAACGGCUUCAGCCUGGUGCGUCAGAUCCUGGAGCGCAGCGGCCUGCAGUACGACUCUCCCGCUCCGUUCGGACGGCCGGGGCAGACUGUCGGUGAAGUUCUGCUCACGCCCACCAAGAUCUACAGCCGCCUGCUUCAGCCAAUCCUGCGCAGCGGAGCCGUGAAGGCCUACGCCCACAUCACCGGAGGCGGGCUCUUGGAGAACAUUCCUCGCGUUCUGCCGUCAGAACUGGCAGUGGAACUGGACGCGUCCCGCUGGAGGAUCCCGGCCGUGUUCUCAUGGCUGCAGCAGGAGGGCGGUCUGUCUGAGGACGAGAUGAGCCGCACGUUUAACUGCGGUCUGGGCGCCGUGCUGGUGGUCAGCAAACAGGACGCGCAGAGAGUCCUACGACUGCUGCAGGCCCAGGAGGAGGCCUGGAUCGUGGGUUCACUCGCCCACAAACAACCUGGAGCCGAGGCGGUGGUCAUCAGAAACCUGGAGCGGAGUCUGAAGGACAGUCCGGGCUGCUCGCCGGACACCAGCGCCCUCCAGAACGGAGCUCAUCACGGGGAACACGCCUCACGCAAGAGGACCAGAGUGGCCGUCCUGAUCUCAGGAACCGGAACCAACCUGCAGGCGCUGAUGGAGCAGGUGAAGAAACCCUCCAGUUCGGCCGAGAUCGUGGUCGUGAUCUCCAACAGACCCGCCGUCAUGGGGCUGAAGAGAGCCGCUCUGGCCGGCAUUCAGACGCGGGUUGUGGAUCAUAAACUGUACGGCAGCAGAGCCGAGUUCGACGGCACCAUCGAUAAGGUCCUGGAGGAGUUCGGGGUGGAGCUGGUUUGUCUGGCCGGUUUCAUGCGAAUCCUGACGGGACCCUUCGUCAGGAAGUGGAGCGGGAAGAUGCUGAACAUCCACCCGUCGCUGCUGCCGUCCUUCAAAGGAGUGAACGCUCAGAAACAGGCUCUUCAGGCCGGCGUCAGAGUCACCGGAUGCACGGUGCACUUCGUGGCGGAGGAAGUGGACGCAGGAGCGAUCGUCGUCCAGGAGGCGGUCCCGAUCCUGGUGACUGACACCGAGGACAGCCUAUCGGAGCGCAUCCGGGAGGCGGAGCAUCGCGCUUUCCCGGCAGCCCUAGAGCUGGUGGCCAGCGGCGCGGUGAAGCUGCGAGACGACGGUCGGAUGGUGUGGAGCCACAACGUUCAGUGAUAAACACACAGAUGUGACGCUCAUUAUGACACUAAUCUACUUUAGUCUUUAAUUUCCGCUCUAGACUGUGAUCUUUCAUUCAGACAUUCCAGAUCCGAUCAUUCCAGAAAUGAAUUCCUGAAAGUUUUAAUGUCUCGUCCAGCGCAGGCUGUUGAGGGAUAUUUGCUCAUGUCUGUGUUAUUUGAGAUGUACAUGAUGAACUUUAUUCUCUGCAUGUAUCAGAACUAGAUCAGUAUUUGCUGUUGGCAUUAAAGUUGCACUGCUCUGUGACGAACCUCA